UUUUGAUUGCUCUCGCGAUACUUAGUUUUUCUGCCUCUCACCGGCCUAGGUGGCUUCAACCCAUCUCUGCACCUGGCUAUGGCCGAUCCCAAGUAUGCGGACCUGCCCGGCAUUGCCAGGAAUGAACCUGAUGUUUAUGAAACAAGUGACCUCCCUGAAGAUGAUCAAGCAGAGUUUGAUGCGGAGGAGCUAACUAGCACCAGUGUGGAACACAUCAUAGUCAACCCUAAUGCAGCUUAUGACAAAUUUAAGGACAAGAGAGUGGGUACUAAAGGGCUAGAUUUCUCUGAUCGAAUUGGCAAAUCCAAAAGAACUGGCUAUGAGUCUGGAGAUUAUGAAAUUUUAGGAGAAGGACUUGGUGUGAAAGAGACCCCUCAGCAGAAAUAUCAGCGGCUGUUGCAUGAAGUUCAGGAGUUGACUGCUGAAGUGGAGAAAAUCAAGAACAGCGUAAAGGAGUCCUCAGCAGAGGAGAAACUGACACCAGUUACUCUUGCAAAACAAGUGGUUGGCCUGAAACAGCAACUGGUCUCCACCCACCUGGAGAAACUGUUGGGACCGGAGGCGGCCAUCAACUUAACGGAUCCUGAUGGUGCCCUGGCCAAGCGUUUGCUCCUUCAACUGGAAGCGGCCAAAACUGCUAAAAGUGUUCCUGCUGGUGGGAAGGGCGCUGCAAAAGUCCCAGCGGGCCCAGAAAACACAGUGACGUAUGAGCUGCAUUCUCGACCAGAGCAAGACAAGUUCUCUCAAGCCGCUAAAAUAGCAGAAUUGGAGAAGCGUCUGGCUGAGCUGGAAGCGACAGUUCAUUGUGAACAGGAUGUGCAGAAUCCUCUGUCUGUUGGACUGCAGGGUGCUAGCCUAAUGGAAACUGUGGAGCUCUUGCAGGCCAAAGUCAACUCCUUAGAUGUGGCAUCUCUGGACCAGGUGGAGGCAAGGCUACAGAGCGUUUUGGGAAAGGUGAAUGAGAUUGCUAAGCACAAAUCCACAGUAGAGGACGCAGACACCCAAAGCAAGGUUCAUCAGCUCUAUGCACUUGUGCAGGAGUGGAGCCCAUUGGCUAGUACCCUCCCUGAGGUGGUGCAGCGCCUUGUUGCUGUGCGACAGUUGCAUGAACAAGCCAUGCAAUUUGGGCAGCUUCUGACUCAUUUGGACACUACCCAGCAAAUGAUUGCUAAUUCUCUGAAGGAUAACAUAACUCUGCUGACCCAGGUUCAGAAAGCCAUGAAGGAGAAUCUAACUGCUGUUGAGGACAAUUUUGCCAGCAUCAACGCACGGGUGCAGAAGCUGGCCAAAUGAAUCUCCUAACUGAAAGGCAGGGCAGGAACAUUUGCCCACUCUGUAAACACACACUAAUUGCUCUGUCCCGUCCCUACCUUUGUCCCUUUUCUUGUGCGUUCAUAGCAGGAGUGGAACCUUCAUAUGGGCCGGAGGACCAAGCGCUUCUCUCUCUCUGUUAAAAGGCAGGUGCGCCCCCUCCCCUCUCCCAGUGUUUCCCCGUCCCUGCGGGGUGGUUGAUUAGAGGGAAAGCUACACUCCCAACUGGAGGGGAAGCUGUGUGUCCUAGUGAGAGAGCUGUCCUUGCCCAUCUCUCGGGGAAGGUGCACUGCCUUUUUGGCCCAGAAUGAGGGGCCUUUUUCAUGGAAAGGCGUCUUACCCACUCAGCAUGGAGGUGAAUUGUGUUGUAUAAUUAUUUUCUGUCAUUAAACUCUGAUGCUUA